AUUUGCUGGUCCGGCUUGUUUUGCUUAUUUUUUUUUUUCUGCUACUUAGCGCCCCUCCGCCGUCUGCUUGGAGAGCAGCUUGCCCUGCUCUCGUCAAGCUGCCUCGAGAUUUUUGUUGGACAUGCAUGGUUGACCCAAUGCCACGAUGUCUGCCGCCUCAUGCCUCAUCCCAAUAGAUCUCAAAGCGCGUCGAACCCGCGGGCCCCUUUGUCCCAGGGGCCGAAGCGAAAACUGUUUACUAAGUCCAGUUCGAUGCCUCAACCAGAACCCUCGUCCCACAAUGCCUCGAUCAGAAGAUUCAGUCCCAGACGUCCACGGCCGACAGUUGCUUCAAUAGCAGACGUUUUCGUCAGCUCCCUGGUGAUAGCGAGUUUUUGCCAUGAGCAUUCUCCUCGGGGGAAAAGGAUAUCUACAAUAUGCAUGGGGUCGACGAAUAGUGUACCAAGGUGGCAUGGCUGGAGUGUGGCUGGCAAGAGGCAAUUGUCGCCAUCGUCAUCGUCAAGGAAAUAUCUGAACUGUCUAAGAUCACCGGUAGAGAGACUGGGAGUACAUUGUUCAAGAACGCAGCGGAUGUUCAGCAGUGGGGUUGCGCAGAGUGUAAAGGAUUGGGGCCACGAUGAGGAUAGCUCGAGAAAACGGCCAGCGGAGCAAGAUCCUUCACUUGGGGAGAGUCAUGAGGAAGCAGAGUGGGACCGGGAGAAAGACUUGAAUGACAGUCCACCACAUCAGCCGCCAGAUCGACCUGAUCAGGAUUCAACCGAUACGCCAACCUCCUCGAAUGAACAAAAUAGCACACUUCCCGAUGAAAGUACCACCUCACUCGAUUCUGGGUCGGAUUCAUCGACUUCGAAUAUAUCGAUCCAUCCAAUCAAACCCCGCACUCGAAGGUUGACUCCAGCGGCAGAAAAAUACACGGCUACUUCGGAACUAUACCAUGCAGCUUUCGGGGAAAGUCUGAACUGGGAAGAGGCAGUCGACACUGUGUCUCGAGAUAAUACGGUUAACCCGCGGAAAAUUCGGCGUUUAAAGAUCCUCAAGCGUUGGAGGAAUAUGCAUAGAAAUACAAGUAAACGGAGUCGCGUUGGUAUUCCAUCAGUGAGAGAUCUGGCUACGGCACUCUGGCAGGAGGAGAAAUCGAACCAGUAUAUCUUUCGACUCUACAGGGAUGUCCCCUCUCCUGGUGUGUCCUACUUCUCAAAACGGACACGCGGUGAGCUUUUACGACGUUUUUCAAGACCCCCAGAACGCCGCUGGGUUGAUGCUCGCCGUUAUCUUGCGUUGGUGGAAGAUAUGAUCUCAUCCGGCCUCCCUAUGUCCCGUUCCCUAUGGACUUCUGCUAUUCACCUGGCUGGCCGUGCAGCCGGUAGAGUGAAGAAGCAUGACCUGAUAAGAGCGAUUGGGGUAUGGCAGCAAAUGGAGCAUGUGGCUGGCAUCAAAUCAGAUCAUGUUGCCUUCAACACAUUAUUCGACGUUUCUAUCAAAGCUGGCCAAUUUACUGUGGCGGAUCGGUUAGUAGCGGAAAUGAGAAAGCGUGGUCUUGGUUUUGACCGCUGUGGGAAGGUCACCAUGAUCUACUACCAUGGGUUGCGGCAAGACUUCGAGGGCAUUCGCCGUACUUACAACGAAUUUGUGGAUAGCGGAGAAUUCGUGGACACUAUGGUUCUCAACUGUCUGUUGGCCUCCUUCAUCCGAGCCGGGCAGGUAAAGACUGCAGAACUAUUGUAUCUUCGCAUGAUGCAAGCGCAGGCGACUACGCAGAAGCAUCUCGUCGAUGGGAAAAACCAUCAUUCACCGACGUUGUCUUCGGAGUUCAACAUUUACCGCAAAAGAGCUCAGAAAUUAACUCGUCUCCUCAAGUUUUCUAUGCUACUAAAAAUCAAGCUCCCCGAACAUUAUGAUGCGCUCCAGGACGCAUUACCCAUGACUCCAGAUACACGCACUUUCCACGUCUUCCUCAAAUUUCACGCCCACGAGUCGGGUGAUUUGCCAGGCUUCAUGUCGGUCCUGGCAGACAUGGAGAACACAUUCGCAGUUCCUCCUCGCGGCAUGAUAUACCUGUUGCUUUUCGAAGGCUUUGCGCAACACGGGCGCCGAAGAAAGGCUUGGUCCGCUGAACGGUUGCAGGAGGCAUGGAGAGCUUUCCUUCGUGCUCUUCAUGAGUCCAAGCACAGAAUGGAAGAGCGCUUUCUUCCACAAACACGAAAUAUUGUCUGGGAGAACCCACUCGCAAGCACGGCUGCAGCCACGGCAUUGAAGCCGAAGCGUCCAACAGAUGACGGAUCAAGUGGGUUUUAUACAGCACUACCAUCGGCCACCCUAAGUGCAAAUGUUGAGUCUGAAGGAGGCCAAACCCAAAACUCGGAGCCGCAGAUAGAAGAGAACCCAGGCGAAGAGGAAGACGACGAGCUUGGUACGACUAGCGACAGCUUUGAAGAUAUCGAGGUAGACGUGGAUGAGCUUUUCGGCACUCCAACCCGCGUCCAACAGGAGCCCCAACAAGAUGAACUGGAGGAGCUAGAACGCCGGAUCGAAAACGGUGUAUUCCUCGGCCGUCGGAUGAACAUCGCAAUUCUCCGCGCCUUUGGCACCUGUUGCGGUCCUGACGAAGUCAUGGACGUUUGGAUGAAGCUUGAGCGUAUUUGGCAACCCGAGAAGCGCAAGAUGCAGGAUGUGAUUGUGGUGAGGGAAGAACUGGAGAGGCAAUUGAAUCGAAUCGGGGGCGUGCACUGAGGGGUCUUCAACUCUUUGUAUAUUACGAUAGACCUGUGUUAUAUAUACCCUUUGGUAAAAAUGAUGUUCUACGAGU